AUGACAGUGCCCACAUGGAUGAAGCAGGAUGAGCUCGACGUCCUGCCCGAGCCGGAAGAGGUGGAGGUGGUCAUCAACGGCUACACCUGGCCCGGCAUCGAGUAUGGGGAGCCCCCCAGCUGCGCCUACACUUUCUUCGAGUACAUCGACGCCCUGCGCCUGGGCCAGGUGGAGCGCUUCAAGCAGGAGAUAGAGCCCGCCUGCAAGCUCUGGUACUUUCCAACCCUGGACCGCGGGGCGGGGGCCGCGCUGCACAUGGCGGCCGACCACGGCCAGCUGGCGGUGGCGCGCUUCCUGGUGGAGCAGCGGGGCGUGGAGGUCAACCAGCGGGACUCGGGGCGGGGCUGGACGCCGCUGAUGCGCUGCGCCCGCAUGGCUCACUACAAGAACGCGCCCUACCUGCAGGCGAGGCCGCUGGGCUGCUGGCUGGCUGGCUGGCUGGCUGGCGGUGUGUUUGCAUGUUGGGAGCGCAGGUAUCUGUGGGAGCCCGGGGCGGUACGUGCCGAGCUGGCGCGGCUGGUGGAGCGGUACGCGGCGGUACCAAAGAAGCCCGCCUACCGCUACGAGGGGCCAUCCUUUGGCGACGGCGGGCGGCGCCUCAUGGCCGCCUGGAACUCGCUGCCCAAGCUGUACCCGCCCAAGAACUGGCGGCCGCCGCCGCCGGCGGGGUACGAGGACGCGCAGGGCGCGCGGCUGGCGGCGGUGGAGCCCUGGCGCCCCGCGGGCGACAACGACGGCAGCCUCUUCAUGCGGCCCAUGACCGAGGAGGAGCUGCGCUGGCAGGCGGAGAACUGCUGA